UGAAAAGAUAUUAAUUUGUAUCGUGCUAAUAAUGUGUAAGCAUCUAUAGCAUAUUCUUGAACGUUGGGGUUGAACGAACGAGUCUGGGGGUGAAACGAAUUGAGAGGGUGGAAAAAGGGGGUGGAGGAAAGGGGAAUCUGUGAGGGUGGUAAAGUACUCGUCAGUCGUGUGACGCGUUUCCCGCCGACAACAUCAGUUAUAUUGCCAAUAGAUUAAACUGCGACCGCAUUUUCAGUUUCCACGUGUUCCUCGCAUGUAUCUUAUAUGAUCUGAUUGCUAUUGGCUAUUGCAGUUCCGCGGCAACCUGUAUUAUCGAUCGAACGUGCUUUGCGCACGUUGCCACAGUUAUUCGUGGCACCGCCACUACAUCGCACGUACUGUACAAUCUUCUUCGUAUUAAUGUAACAUCGUGUGCCAAUUGGGAUUCAAUUUACGAUUUCUUUUGCGCAUUGCAGUCACAAUCAUAAUUCAUUAAUUAUAACAAUAUUAUUGUAUUAACGUUGUUUUUCUUUAUAUGUGCUUUGUGUUAAAAUUAUCAUCCAACCGCCAUGUUCUAUUUCAAAUUGUAUAUUUCGCGCAUUAGUGAAAAAGUUAAUUAUUUAUUUGAGUUAACUAUUGACACACGAAAAUAAAUCUAUGCAUCAUGAAUUGUUUAGUGCAAUUUUUUAUAGAUUUGUGUUAAAAAAAAAAUUGUGAUAUAAAAAUACUUUGAACUUGCUUCUUAUUUUUGGCGAUCUUCGAUCAAUUUUGAAACUGUUUUAUCGAUGUUUUGUAUUCUUGAUUAACUACUUAUGUGGCGCCAAAACAGAAAAUAAAGAUAUACUUUUGCUAUAAAAAAUAAAUUAAAUUCAAAACUCAUUUUUUCAAAAUAGUUAAGUGUAGUGUAUAAUAUUUAGUGUAUAUAAAAUUAUUAUGAUAUUCGUGAUAAGAUCUUUUUAAACUAACAAAACCUAUUUGUGCUUCUAUAAUGGUGUAUCUCUGUAAAUUUUCUUAAAAUGUGAAUAUUGUGAAUCUAUGUUUUUAUAAGAUUAUGGUGUUAUGGCUAAUAUUGUUCGUAUUUAAUAUCUUCAUUACUUUGUUGAAUAUUCAUCUAUGGAUUACUACUUCAUUAUAUUCAAAUUAUAGAAGGAAACAGACGAAAGAGGGUGGAAUGAGGAGAUUUAUCCGGUGACCUCGUGCCACAUGUGGUAAUGCUAGUGGCAAACGGUGCUUCGAUACCGACCAUUGCCGGUACUGUUGAGGAGGAGGAAGAAUAUGCACGUAGCGAGGCGAACAGCGCACACUAUGAUGGCUAUGUUACCGAUCAUACCGAUCUUGCUUCUGAAAUUGAUAUUGAUGAAUCCGAAUAUAGACGAGAGCUUCUUAAUGAUAAAUGGCGAAUGCUGUUCGAUAAGUUUGAUCCCGAAGGUUUUGGCGAGAUACCGGUGGAGGAUUUUUUAGCAGCUUUAAAGAGUCCCGAAUGGAAAAUUGAAAUACCACCAAAUAAACGAGAUAUACUUCUUACCAGAGCAAAGGAAUCACGUGUUGAAGCAGUGACGUUUCAAGAUUUCGUCAAUGUGAUGAGUGGCAAACGAACAAGGAGUUUCAAAUGCGCGGUUCAUCAUCGUGACCGUGAGGUGUGCUCGGAAAACGAUUUUCAUCUGCUCGUACAUGAACCUCCUCUCUUUCGCAGGAUGGUCCGCAUGAUCGGCGAUGAAUUUCUUACGGAGGAAAGGGAUCGAAAAUAUUAUGCCGAUCAUUACAGGUGUUGUCCGCCGCCUCUUUUUAUCAUUCUCAUCACUCUUGUGGAGCUGGGUUUCUUCACAUAUUAUACAGUGGCGAUGGGAGAAGUGAAUCCUUCAGGGCCGGUACCAAUUGAUAGCGUUUUCAUUUACAGACCGGACAAACGUCUUGAGCUCUGGAGAUUUGCAUUUUAUAUGUUCCUUCAUGCUGGAUGGCUUCACCUACUAUUUAACUUGGGAGUACAAGUGGUCGUGGGACUUCCCCUGGAAAUGGUUCAUGGAAGUCUGAGGAUCGCAGCCGUUUACAUGGCUGGGGUUCUUGCCGGUUCCUUGGGUACUUCAGUGUUUGACACGGAUGUGUAUCUUGUCGGCGCCAGUGGAGGUGUUUAUGCUCUUCUUGCAGCUCAUCUAGCAAACGUUCUUCUCAAUUAUAAUAACAUGGAAUUCGGCAUUGUUCGAUUAAUAGGCAUCUUCGUAAUCGCAAGUGCUGACGUGGGAUUCGCGAUUUAUGAUAGAUAUGCGGCUGAGCAAAUGGGUCCCCCUGUUUCUUAUGUGGCACAUCUGACUGGUGCAUUAGCAGGUCUCACGAUCGGCUUGCUGGUAUUAAAGAACUUCGAACAACGUCUCCACGAGCAACUUCUCUGGUGGGUGGCGCUUGGUGUCUAUGCAGCCUGCACAAUUUUUGCAAUUAUGUACAAUCUCAUGCAUCCAGACUAUCCAUGACGCGAGGUCAGCUUCGCGUAUGGACAACCGCGAAAUUCGUAACGCGAAGCUGACUAAUAUCGAAUUUUAAUACAGAAGAAAUUAAAGAAAAAAAAAAAAAUACUCACAGAGGACUAAACGGAAGACGAGUAAUUGAAGAAAUAAUUGAAAUAAAUAUUGGCAAAUAUUCAUAGGAAUAAAUUUUAAAUUAUUAAAGAGGUUUUGAAAAGAAGAAAAAGAAGAAUGAAAAAAAAAAAAUCUCGAUUCCAUGGUGAUUGUAGCGUAAAGUGAAAAGAGAUGAUGAAAAAACAUUUUUGUCGUGUUGUGUAAGAUGAAUUGAAAUAAUUUAUGAAUUGAAGUGUACUAAAAAUAAACAAUGGAAAAGUUUGUUUUUGUGAAUCUGAAACGUGAAAGAGAACAAUUAUUAUACUUGAGAAGAUUUGAGAAGAGUUUAGGAAAUGGAUAAGUGAAUGUUAUGUUAAAUGAAAAAGAAUAUGUUAGUAACGUGAGAUGUGAUGUCAAGAGAUUUUUCAAAUAAACUAUAUAAUAAAGUGAAUGUAUGGAGAACGCAACAAAGAUUAAAAAGAAAAAGUUUUUCGUAAGAAAUAAUACAGAAACAAAGAGAAAAUAAUUUUCUAAUUGUUGGCGUACAUGUAAAAUUUUUAAAACUAAUAUUAAAAUUCAAAGAAAGUCGAGGAAUUAAUAUUUUAGCUACUUUGAUCACAUUAAUUAUCAGUACAAACUGAAAAAACAAAAGAAAGACAAAUGUUCCAAGAAUCGUGACACGUAAUACUUUUUCAGUCAUAGAAAAAUAAAUUUGUUGAAUAUAAUAAUUGUAAUUACUAUGAGAGAAGAAAAAAAGAAGAAGCGAAGAAAAAGAGCAGACAAUCCUUCGUAACAUAUAAAAUUAAUUCCAAAGAAUUAAAAAAUGUUUAAGAAACACAAUAAAGAGAAAUUAAUUAAAAUUAAUUAAAAUUAUUCAUUAAUUCUAUGUAUAAUUUUUACGUAUUUUCUAAAAAAAAUUUCAAAAUGAAAACAAGCAAAUCAAUUAAAAAAGAAGACAAAAGUAAAAUAUUAAUCAAUCGUUCCCUUCCCCUGGAGCGCUAUUAUUUUUUAUUUUCUUUAUAAAAAACCAAAGAUUCGAAAUACCUCUGUUCCAUUUUCGGAACUCACAUGUCAUUUAAGUACGAUAACCACAAAACGCGCAUUCCGUUGAAUAAUAUAAAGAAAUGAAAAAGAGCGGAAAAAGAAAAAGAAACAAGAACGAGAUUAAAAAUCUGUCCAUUUAAAAGGGGAAGUGGAUUGGAAGCAUAAGAAACGCGAUUCUUGUUUUCAGUUUAUUUUCUCGCUUAUCGACUCUUUUACGAUGCGAAAAAACCAAAGAAUCCUAAAUAAGCCAAGAACCUCCUGUGUCCUUUUCAAUUUCAUUUUUUGAACGAAUGACAGGCGAAAAACAAUGGAGAUAGAAGCAAAAGAUGUGUAUUCCAGGAAUCCUUCAUGAUGUCAGAAACUCAAGUCAAAUCAAAGAUAUUUAGAUACAAAAGUAGAAGAAAUUGAGAGAAGAAUUUACGAAAGCAAUCAUUUAUGGUCAUGAGACAAUUCGAUAUAAAAAUAGUCUUCUUUUGUUAUUAUAGAAAGAUCGAUCGUAAUUGAAAAAGAUUCGGAAACAGAACGUCAUGUAAAAUGGAGGAAAAUAAAAAAUUAAAGAAUUGAAUAUUUUCUAGUGAUAAUUCUCUUUAUAAUAAAUAAAUUAUUUGUAUUAUGUUUUAUUGCUUGAGAAAUGCUCAUAGGAAAUCAUAAAUUCGUUGAUGAUGAAUAUUUGAUAGGAAAAGCAUUAUUAUGUUUAUCCAUUAAUAAGAAAAUAAUCAAAGAACAUAACAAUUAAAAAAAUAAAAAUAUUGUUAUAAAAAUUAAUGAUGAAAUUUUUGAUAAAACGAUCAACGAUUUGUAAAAAUAUACAAUAACAAAUGAGGGAAUAAUGAAGUGACAUCUAGGAAGAAAAUUAAAACAUAAAUAACUAUAACUAAAACUAUGAAAAACAUUUAACUAUCGCGCUGCCUUCGUUUAUCUUCAGGGUAUAUACUAUGUAACCAUCACGAAAUAUUGUAUUCGUUAGACAAGAUGCUUUUUCUAAUAAUACAAACUGCUCGAUCGCUAUGCUUCUUCGAUCGAUCGUGAAUCGAUGAUCAUUAUUAUCACCGGCGAGGUGCAAUCAAUGUUUAUCUCCUCUACCGCGUGGCCGAACGAGCAAUCGAUCCACGCUCUAAUCUGUAUACCAUUGUAAAUAAUUCUGUACAUAUAUGGAGAUGACGGGAAUUACACGUACCGUUAUGUAUGUGUGAGUGUGUAUAUGUAUGCAUGUGUAAAAACGAAGCGAGAAUAAUAUUAAGCGUGUUGGACCGAAGAAAAUCUCGGUCGACUGUGCGGUCUAGUCUGAUAAUCGCGAGAUUGCGUGGUUGUUCAUAUUAAAACUAAGAAAAAAACAAAAGAAAAAGAAACGUAUUUUGAAUUCGGUUCUACAGAUUAGAAUGGUUUUCUUGAUAAAACUUCUUCAUGAGUUCAUUUGAGAGCAAUAUUCUUGCGAAUCUCUCUCGAGAUUUUUACUCUCAAAUAAAUUCGUGUCUUAAUAUUUGCUUGAGAGAAAACAAAACUAUGAAGAAAAAA